UUCCAGGAAGUAAUCAUUUGAGAAAAAAUAGUUCUAUUUCAACUGAUCAAGUACCAUUAUACAAAAUGGUACAACAGAAUGCCGUGAUCAUUCGAAAUGCUGUAAAACGUUAUGGGAAAGAUUUAGUUUUCGACGAUUUGAAUAUGACCGUACAAAGGAAUUCCAUAUACGGAUUGUUGGGAGCGAGUGGAUGCGGCAAAACCACUCUGCUGUCCUGUGUCGUGGGAAUUCGAAAUCUUGACAGUGGAGAGAUGUGGGUCUUGGGAGGAAAUCCGGGUAGUAAGAGUUCUGGCAUUCCUGGACCUCGAGUAGGUUACAUGCCGCAAGAGAUUUCCUUGGUUGGAGAGUUUUCCGUAAGCGGUGCCUUCUACUACUUUGGUAGAAUCAACGGUCUCGAGGAUGAGGAGAUCGAGACGAGACAGAGGUUCCUCUCGGAGUUGCUUCAAUUACCCUCAGAUAAUCAUCUGGUAAAGAACAUCAGUGGAGGUGAAAAAAGAAGGGUUUCCCUUGCAGUAGCGUUGAUCCACAAGCCCGAACUUUUAAUUCUCGACGAACCCACUGUGGGGUUGGAUCCAGUUUUGAGAGAGAAAAUUUGGUCCUACAUGAUCCAGAUUACUCAGGAGGAAAGUAUUACAGUACUAAUCACGACACACUACAUUGAAGAAACUAAAGAUGCUAAUAAAAUUGGUUUGAUGAGAUGUGGUAAAUUGUUAGCGGAAUCAGCACCGCAGGAAUUGCUGGCGCGAUACCAAUGUUCGUUCUUAGAAGAAGCUUUUUUGAAGUUAUGCAAUAUCCAAAAUAAUACAGUCACUUUGGAUGAAGCUCAAGGAUCCGAAGUAGAAGAUAUGCGCGGUAACGUCUUGCACCAGGAUCAAAAUCAACAUUGUGAACCAACAAAAGCAUACUUGAAGUACGAAGCAGUUUCAAAACGUCCAGUUUCGCGAUUGAGAAGGUAUAAAGCACUAUUGACAAAGAAUGGCACUCAAUUUUUACGUGAUUAUGGAGGACUAAUUUUCGCAGUAGUAUUUCCGAUACUUCAAAUGGGCGUAUUUAUUAUAGCAAUUGGUGAUGAUCCAAAAAAUUUGAAAAUUGGUGUCGUCAACAAAGAAGUCGAAAACUGUAAUUCCGACAGCAACUUUGGCAAUGUUUGGAGUGACGAACUCACUUGUCAUUUUGGUAACCUCAGUUGUAGAUUUCUACAUAAAUUUGACAAUUCUAUUGCUACACAGGAGUAUUAUGAAGACAUUCCCAAGGCAAGACAGGCUGUACAAAAUGCAAAGCUCAGUGGUGUAAUCUAUUUUAGUCAAAACUUCUCCGAAGCUUUGCAAAUACGCGUGGAAGAAGCCACUUUCGCAAAAGAUUCCGAUCUACUCGCCAGCCAGAUUCAAGUUUUCCUCGAUAUGGGAG